AUGCACUAUAAGAUGUUGGUUCUGGUUCAAAUUCUGGUUCGUUUUGAUGCUAAUAGCAACAACGUUGUCGUUUUUUACGUUCACCGUCCUUUGGGUGCCACCAUGAUACUCAUUCGUAAUAAUCAGAAGAAAGGUAGCGAGAAUGUGAUGGGUAGUGUUAGUCUGAACCCGUUAUUCAGAAGUGAGUCUUUCGGGCAUUACUAUCCUGAGGCCGAGCACAGCUACACUAUGAUGGAGAAGAGGCAAUUGUUCUUGAGAAGCUAUCAGUUCUGUCGAAAGAAGAGUCUGAAAGAGAGAGUCAAAGGGUCUUUGGUUCGUGUCAAGAAGGUUCUCUGGCUAAGGCUGCGAUCUGCUAAGAAACUUAGGAGAUUGGUGUUUUCAAGGAUCAGAAUCAAAUGCGGCUUCUAUUACCGCAGGAGAAGGUUUUCACGCCUUCUCAAUGCCCACAAUCGCAAAAUCGACUCUUCCUCUUGUUUCUGGUAG